AUGAAGCCCAUCGUUGGAGCAAUGAAAGCAUGGUCAUGCGUCGUGAUCUCCUGCUUCGCAAUCGUGAUCCUCUCCGUCAUCGGCCUCCUCUUCAAAUCCAACCACCACUCCAUGACCGGCACGAUGGAGGACCCGGAAGACGGCGCCGCCGUCGCCGCCACGGUCUUCUCCGCCGUCGUCGUCUACGCUCUCUUCCUCGUAGGCUGCGGUUUCCAAGCCCUCCUCCACAUCCGCGACAACCGCCGGGGCGCCAUAACCCUCUCGUAG